CCAUUCGGCGAUCGACCAGCAUGUGCCUGACAUGAAGGUACCUGAACGGCCGCUCUGAAAGGGGCCCACAUCGACUUUUUAUCCCUCCUGUUUUGCUCUUAACUGCAACGUCUACUGUCGUUGCACCCUACUGUGUCUGCGACUCCCCCUACGCUCUCUCGAACCUUACACUCUUUUUUAUACUCUCCUUUCGUGCUUGUUCGAAUCACUUCUUUCGAACCCCCCCCCUAAAUUUUUUCCUCUGAUGUUCUCCAAAUCCUCGGCGUUUGUACUUUUUGGCCUUACGACGUCGGUGCUCGCCACAGUCUAUAUCACAGACCCGAUUAGUUCCACCGUCUGGAAUGCAGGUAAUAAUGUCACCGUCUCUUGGGAAGAUGAUGGCACCUCUCCAACAUUGGAAGAAUUUGGUGCAGCCAAAUUUGCGAUCGCGGUUGGAAACUCGCAGGAACAAACUACUCUUCAAGUCAUUGCCGAGAACGUCAAUGUAGCUACCGUCUCUUCUCUGCAGUUCAUUCCGUCUGCAAAUAUUGGAGCAACAAGUAACGAAUAUUUUAUCCGUGUCGAUUCUAACGAUCUCAAGGACGCAAACAACUCGGCAAUUCCUGCUCUCUCUUUUUCUGCCAAAUUCACAAUUGACGGCAUGUCUGGGUCGUUCAACUCCUCCGUCCAAGCAGAGAUUGACGGACAGUCGACCGCACCUCUCGCCGGCUCUUCAACGUCCGCCUCAUCUAGCGCUUCAGCCAACAAGGCAACUUCUGCUUCAACCACCAAGGCAGCUUCUGUUUCAACUACUGCCACUGUCAAAGCAUCGUCUUCGGGAACUGGAACCAAAGCUAGCAGCGCUGCCAGUUCUUCGUCCACCGGGAACAGCGCAGUCGUUGUUACGGCCAAUAACUCCAAGAUGUGGUUAUCUGCGGUACUAGCAGCUGCAUUCAGUUUUGCUGUCUGCUAAUGGACUUUUUUUUUCCCUUGCGAGUAUUGGUUUCAAUAAUGUCUUAGUAUUCACGAGAUUAAACGAGCUCCGUAAUUGAAUACAUAUUGUUUGGAUACCAGAUGACGCCGAGCGCCGA